CUUCCCAGACCAGGAGGUCCGGCGGAUGGCUGUCCAGUGGAUUGGCUCACUCUCGGAUGCUGAGCUGCUCGACUACUUGCCCCAGCUGGUGCAGGCCCUAAAGUAUGAGUGCUACCUGGACAGUCCCUUGGUACGCUUCCUCCUGAAACGAGCUGUCUCUGACCUGAGAGUGACCCACUACUUCUUCUGGUUACUGAAAGAUGGUAUCAAGGACUCCCAAUUCAGCAUCCGCUACCAGUAUCUGCUGGCUGCCCUUCUGUGCUGCUGUGGCAAGGGACUGAGGGAGGAGUUUAACCGCCAGUGCUGGCUUGUCAACACCCUGGCAAAACUAGCCCAGCAGGUCCGGGAGUCCACCCCUUCUGCUCGCCAGGGCAUCCUCCGCACGGGCCUGGAGGAGGUGAAACAGUUCUUUGUCCUAAAUGGCUCCUGCCGCCUGCCACUCAGCCCUAGUCUGCUGGUGAAGGGCAUUGUGCCCAGGGACUGUUCCUACUUUAACUCCAAUGCGGUCCCCCUCAAGCUUGCCUUCCAAAAUGUGGAUCCGCUGGGUGAGCACAUCCGAGUCAUCUUCAAGUGCGGGGAUGACCUUCGCCAGGACAUGCUCACCCUGCAGAUGAUCCGCAUCAUGAACAAGAUCUGGGUCCAGGAGGGGCUGGACAUGCGUAUGGUCAUCUUCCGCUGCUUCUCUACCGGCCGUGGGAGAGGUAUGGUGGAGGUGAUCCCCCACGCUGAGACCCUGCGCAAGAUUCAGGUGGAACAUGGGGUGACAGGUUCCUUCAAGGACCGGCCCCUGGCUGACUGGCUGCAGAAACACAACCCUGGGGAAGACGAAUAUGAGAAGGCCGUGGAGAACUUCAUCUUCUGUGCGGGUUGCUGCGUGGCCACGUACGUCUUGGGCAUCUGUGACCGUCAUAAUGACAACAUCAUGCUGAAGACUACAGGCCACAUGUUCCACAUAGAUUUUGGCCGCUUCCUGGGUCAUGCCCAGAUGUUCGGCAACAUCAAGCGGGACCGUGCCCCCUUUGUCUUCACCUCGGACAUGGCGUAUGUCAUCAACGGGGGUGACAAGCCUUCCAGCCGCUUCCAUGAUUUUGUUGACCUUUGCUGCCAAGCCUACAACCUCAUUCGCAAGCAUACCCACCUCUUCCUCAACCUUCUGGGCCUGAUGUUGUCCUGUGGGAUCCCCGAGCUCUCAGACCUGGAGGACCUCAAGUAUGUGUAUGACGCCCUGAGACCUCAGGACACAGAGGCCAAUGCCACUACCUACUUCACUAGGUUGAUUGAGUCCAGCCUGGGCAGCGUAGCCACCAAGCUCAACUUUUUCAUCCAUAACCUGGCUCAGAUGAAGUUCACAGGUUCAGAUGACCGGCUGACUCUCUCCUUUGCUCCCCGAACACAUACACUUAAGAGCUCUGGCCGCAUCAGUGAUGUGUUUCUCUGCCGUCAUGAGAAGGUCUUCCACCCCAGCAAGGGCUAUAUAUAUGUGGUAAAAGUGAUGAGAGAAAAUGCACACGAGGCCUCUUACAUCCAGAGGACAUUUGAAGAGUUCCAGGAGUUGCACAAUAAGCUGCGGCUGCUCUUCCCUUCUUCCCUCUUGCCCAGCUUCCCCAGUCGCUUUGUGAUCAGCCGUUCCAGGGGAGAGGUGGUGGCUGAGCGGCGGAGGGAGGAGCUAAAUGGCUAUAUCCGGCCCCUGAUCCAUGCAGCCCCGGAGGUGGCCCAGUGUGAUUUGGUGUACACUUUCUUCCACCCCUUGCCUCGGGAUGAGAAGGCCACAGGCACCAGUCCAGUUCCUAAGUCCUCAGACAGCACGUGGGCCAGGCCAGUUGGGAAGGUGGGAGGGGAGGUGAAGCUGUCCAUCUCCUACAAAAACGAUAAACUCUUCAUCAUGGUUAUGCAUAUUCGGGGCUUGCAACUGCUACAGGAUGGGAAUGACCCAGACCCUUAUGUGAAGAUUUACCUCCUUCCUGACCCUCAGAAAACCACUAAGAGGAAAACCAAAGUGGCCCGGAAGACCUGCAACCCCACCUACAAUGAGAUGUUGGUAUAUGAUGGGAUCCCCAAGGGAGACCUUCAGCAGCGUGAGCUCCAGCUGAGUGUGCUGAGCGAGCAAGGAUUCUGGGAAAAUGUGCUCCUUGGGGAGGUGCACAUCCGCCUGCGCGAGCUGGACCUGGCCCAGGAGAAGACAGGAUGGUUUGCACUGGGGUCUCGAAGUCAUGGGACCUUGUGAGCCCAGCAGAAUCACAACCCAGGACCCUGACUGGCAGCCAGAGCUAAGGGAAAGGAUUCUUCCCGUGCUGGACUCUUCAUUUCCUCGGGGUGGGGCAGGGCCCUCAGUGGUCCUCCUGGGUCCAAGUGGACCUGGCUCCAUGAGAGGAGGCUGGUUUCUGCCACCCCUUCCUGUGCUGAUCAGCCCCUUGGAAGCUGAGAGGUUGCAGCAAAGUUUUAAGUUACCUUGGUGUCAAGGGAGCAAUGCCUGG